CUACUACUUCUUCUUCUACUUGUUUUUAGAUUGAUUUUAAUGGAUGCUAUUUCAAAACAUGCGAUUGGGAAUCGACUAUCUACACUUGUGACAUAGAAGAUUCACAAGAGAUUUGAUUUGAAGAGAGAAAAUUUUAGUUAAUGAUAUUAUCCGGAAACUGCUCCCAGGAAUUCAUUACUUUCAAUACAAACUUGCAAAACAGAAUUAUAUGGCUUUCGGGUCUUUUACAUAGAUGAGAGAUGCAGAGGUAUUGGCACAUGUUCCUGCGUGAUCUUGGCCAUUCAUCAGUCUCUCCCUACUUUCUAUUUUUCCAGGCCCAAAAAAUCAGGCAGAUCCAUUGAUCAGCAUACUGAAAAGGGAAGACUGGAAUUUCAGACGAUUAAAAUCAAUACACCCCAUGGACAUGAGUCGUGGCUGCCUAAGUUCCUUCCUGGCAUGGAUAAAACGCCGUAACGAAGAAGACAGUGAUGGAUAUUCGUCAGCCAAGAAUAUCAAGCUUUUCUCUUACGAAGAACUGAAAGCUGCAACGAAGAGUUUUCAUGCUAGCAAUAGGAUAGGCAGAGGAGGAUUUGGAACAGUCUACAAGGGGACCCUUAAGAAUGGAACCGAAAUUGCCGUGAAGGUGCUCUCUGCUGAAUCAAAGCAAGGGAUUCAUGAAUUUUUGACUGAGAUAGAUAUGAUUACAAGUGUUAAGCAUCCAAACCUUGUUGAGCUAAUAGGGUGCUGUGUUCAAGGAGGUAAUCGGAUUUUGGUCUACGAGUAUGUGGAAAACAGCAGCCUUGAUCGUGCAUUACUAGGUUCGAAUAUUAAAAGUAUUAGACUAGAUUGGGUGAGCAGGUCGGCCAUUUGUGUAGGCACGGCCAAGGGUCUUGCAUUCCUUCACGAAGAGCUUGAGCCACAUAUCGUGCACAGAGACAUCAAAGCCAGUAACAUUCUUCUCGACAGGAACCUUGUCCCAAAAAUCGGGGACUUUGGUUUGGCUAAGCUCUUCCCAGAUAAUGUUAGUCACCUGAGUACACGUGUAGCUGGAACAGCUGGUUAUCUUGCACCAGAGUACGCAAUGCUCGGUCAGUUAACUAAAAAGGCAGACAUAUACAGCUUUGGGGUCCUCAUGCUUGAAAUAGUUAGUGGCAGAAGUAGUGCAAAAUCAAACUGGUCAGGGAUACAGAAAUUUCUCUUGGAAUGGGCAUGGCAGCUCUAUGAAGAAGGGAGACUGCUAGAGCUGGUGGAUUCACAGCUAGAACAUUGCCCAGAAGAGGAAGCCCUCAGAUUCAUUAAAAUAGCCCUCUUCUGCACCCAAGCAGCAGCCAAGCGACGGCCUUCAAUGACCCAAGUUGUAGCCAUGCUUACAAAACACACCAAACUCAACGACAAGUUGCUGACACCACCAGGCAUCAUCCAGGACUUGGUGGGGACUGGCAGGUGCUCAAAAGCCACGAAUUCCAGCAAUUCUCAGAACUCAUCAACUGUCGAAUUGAAUGGCCCACCCUUCACUUCUUCGCCUAUAAGUGUCACACAGAUGAAUCCUAGAUGAUCCUCUACUAGAAAGAAGAGUGUUAGAUAACAGAACUUUGAAGGUUGAGAUCAGACCAAAACCAUUCUGUAGAAGGAUCAAUGUACUUUCACUGGAACUUGGAUUCUCCUUGGGCCUUUGCUUGUAUGCAUGCUGUUUCAUCUUUCAUCUUCAAAAUAAAUGGAGUUUGUUGUAGAGAUGUUUGUUACAACUUGUCAUUGUGGCAGCAACUGCCUUUGGAGAUUUUUUUUGGUCAUCGCCAUUCAUAGUUAGAUUAAGAUGUGAAAGAUGUUGUAGAUAAGCAAAAAUAAAUGCAAGCAUUAAUAAUC